AUGGCUAAACAAUAUCCGCAAUCGAAAGAACUUAGUAAACAACGAGGACAAGCCACAUGUGCAACAUCAUAUGUGCCCGUAAAAAAUCCUAAACAACGUUUUGCUCAAUCACCUCUCUUAAUAGAUAAUAAAGGUGAUUCUUUGAUGGAAACUGUCUCCCGCACUGCGCUUUUGCCUCCUCCAAAAAUACUACCAGCAACAAUUCGUCGCACGGAUAGUUUUGGCGCGACUUCACAGCCUUUACAGCCGCAUCCCGCUUAUACAUGCUCGAUUCCUCGAUCUCAUCCAUUGCGGGCGAUUCCCCUUCAGUCUUAUCCAUGCUCAUCUACACAAACUCAAGCAAGUUAUAGUGGUACAACGCCAUCAAAUUUCAGCCAAUUGCCUCAAACACAAAUGCCUUAUGGUUCGACACCAUUUUCCUCGUCUCAAAAAUCGAUGAGCGAUGUGGGUUAUUCUAUGCAUCAUUCAUUAUGCUCACCAAUUUUUGAUCGAAAAAUAGAUCGUAAUCUCGGUUGGCAUUCAGUUGAUUUAGCCUAUAAAAGUAAUUCCUUGCCUAGGCGACAUGCUGCAUCAGCAACUGCACCAAGAUCAGUUAAAUGGCGGAAUGAUGUUAUUGGUGGCACAAACGCAGUUGAUGUUGAAUCAGAUGGAGCGAUUUCAGCACCUGAAAUGACAUUUUCACCAACACUCACCAACUCAUAUAUUUCUCAUCGAGGUAGCCAAUUCCAAUCAUCGAGCCAUUGCCGUACGAUUGAUGACAUUUUCUCAGCUCAAGAAUAUCGCAGAUGGGCUGGCGUUGAUCCACCUAGCAAGUCAUAUGAUAGACAAUCUAGAUGGUCUCAUACAUUUGGUGAAAGACUAGGAGCUUCUAUUCGGAGUUCUUCAUUACCUUCGAGAUCUAUUCUUUCACAACCUGGGCGUUUUACGACGAGCCAUGAGAGAGGCGAUCUUUUUGAUAGACUUCAUGUUUCACCAUUAAUGAAUAGGCGAGUACCGCUCAGACCCGCUGGCCCUGGAUUUGAUAUCGAUACACCACUUAAUGUUACUUCAUUAACUGGUCUUCUCGUCAUUCAAGAUAAGCAUCCUGAAAUGGCACCACAUUAUGCAAUAUUAAGCACAAUUAUCGAAGGCCGAGGUCUAAAAAUGCCUGAAAGACAAAAAGCUUUUACUGAAGAGAUGUACUGUGUCGUAGAAGUUAAUGAAGUGCAUCGAGCUCGAACUGGAGUUUCGACCGCAGAACAGAAGUUUCGUUGGCAGGAAACGCACAAACUUUGUCAUAAAGGUUCACUGAAAUUGCUCGAGGCAUUCAUUGUCGAUCGCCUUAAUGGCGACCGUAUGUUUGCGCUAAAUCUGGAACCGAAAGGACAACUCAUUGUUCGAGUUGCUUUCCACAACAUGACUGUUGCUUAUAGACGUACAGUCAAUUGCAGAUAUGAUGGAGUAUUUGGUGUGCCUUUGCAAAGAUUAAUUGCAAGAGAUAGAAGAGAAACACCGCUGGUGCUAACUAGAUUGUUGCAAGAGAUUGAACGAAGAGGAGUCGAUUAUUCUGGACUUUAUAUUUUAGUGGGUUCAGUCGAAAAAAAGCGAAUGUUACGAGAUGAAUUGGAAUUUAAUGUGGAAAAAGCAGAACUAAGCGUUAAUGCUGUACCUGACACCAAUGUACUGACUUGUCUCGUGAAAGAUUUUUUACGAGAAUUGCCUGAGCCUCUUAUUUCUAUCUCUAUUUAUGGCAUGCUUGUCGAUGCAUUGGCUGUAUCAUUGCCUAAUGAUCCACAAGAUAACCGGCAACUCUUACUUCGAGUCAUUGACUGUCUGCCUACUCCAAACAAGAACACAUUAAUACAAAUUAUGGACCAUUUGAAGAUGGUUGCAACAUCAGAACAUCAUAAUGGACUAACUUCAGCUCGUUUGAUGACAAUUUUUGGUUGCUUAAUAUUUUGUUCAUGCGAGCUACCAGCCGAUGGUUAUCAACUGAAAGAGACAAUCAAUCCAAUGGAUGCAGAUCAAGCAGCGAGAACUUUCAGCAUGCUCUUUGAUAUUUGGCCAGCCAGAAUGAGAGUGAAAGCAGCAGUUCAGACAACGCCGAUACAAAAUUCCAAUCAAAUCUUAUGUCCGAAUCUCAAUGCUGAAUAA